GAUUGCUAGAAAUUAACAUUAUCAAAAAUUUUAUUGUUUUCAUGAAAUCGGUUUAAUUUCAGUCAAAUAAUUGUUUCAAAGUAUAUACCAUUGUAUAUACCGUUGUAUAUACCAUUUUGAGAAAUAUAUUCAUAUUAAAUGAAAACUAUUUAUAUAUAUAAUUGCAUCGGUAAUUUUGUAACAUUAUGAAAUUGCAGUCUAUAAUUCAUUGAACGGAUUAACUUCCUAGUUAAAAUAUGACCAACUUCAGCUGUGUUCGGAAGUCCCUGUGCUGCAUAAAUCUUUUAUUUUGGGUUUUGGGUUGCGGAAUAUUAGGCAUUGGUAUAUGGAUGCAUCUUGCUUAUCAAGGCUAUUCCAAACUACUGUCACAUCAGGCUUUAAGUGGUGAUAGCUUAGUUAUAAUUGCUGGAGUCCUCACAUUUCUACUUGGAUUUUUAGGUUGCUGUGGGUCUUGGUUUCAAAAUAAAUGCCUUUUGCGAAUGUAUUUCGUUCUUGUAAUUGCUGUUCUUUUGAUUGAAUUUACUGCUGGCACAUUAGGUUUUAUUUAUAGAAGACAUGUGGGUGCUGUCUUACAAGAUGAAUUACUUACUGGUCUGCAGACUCGAUAUACAACAAAUAAUAUACAUGGUCUUAAAACAACAUGGGAUCAUAUUCAAGAACAGUUCCAUUGUUGUGGUGUAAAAAGCUACCGUGACUGGCAUCAUAUUGCAGCCUGGCCAGAUAAGCAAUGGGUUCCGCAUAGUUGCUGUCUUCCAAAAGUUUCAAACAUAUCUUCUUGUGGAGAAGCAGAAGAUACAUCAUAUUUCUAUACAGCAGGAUGCUAUCCCAGUAUACAUCAAUGGAUUAUGGAGCGAUUAUAUAUUGUUGGUAUUAUUAGUCUCUUAUUUGCUUUUAUUCAACUUUUCGGAAUAAUUUCUGCAUUGGUCAUUGUUUGUCAUAUGGAUCCCAAAAGAAGAUAAAAUUUGGUGAAAUUUCCAGCCAAUAAAGAUGGAAAAAAUUUAGUCUCAUUGCGAUUAAAAAGGAAAGAAAACAAACUGCAGGAAUUCAUUCAUCUGAAAGAUUAUUUUCUUGAAAUUUUGUUUCAUCUUUUACAUGAGUUCAAUUAAUGUUGUAUUUUAUAAUAGUCUUGAGGUAGAAUCUUCAUCUUUUUAUGAAGAUGGAAUGAACUAUUUAAAAGAGUUUUUAUGCUGUGCUUCAUGUUGUAUUAAAAAAUCUAAGUGAUAUAAAAAGCAUCUCUUAUGAACAUUUAAAUUACUUUUAUUAUGAAUUUUUUUUUUUUUUUUGUACAUGUUGAAUUUUGGAUAUUAAUGAACUUUUGAAGUAAUGUAGCUGUGUAAAAAACAAAGAGAAUAUAUUCUAUAAACAAGUCUUGACAAGUCAGAAUCUUGAACUAUAAACAAGAUUUAAGACAAAG